GAAGAAGAAUCCGAUUUCUUCUAAUAUUUUAAUAUCUUAUCCCGACCCUUUAUUCAUUUCCAUCGCUCGAUUCCAUCACCGUAUUCUCAGUUUAUUCCGAUUUUGUUUUGUACUAUAUUUUUUACGGAAUCAAUUGAUGAAUAACAAUCAGCAACAGGUGUUCCAGCAGAAUAUGCAGUCGGGGACCGGUUCGGGCCUGACCCGGUACCGGUCCGCGCCAAGCUCCUACUUCGCGUCGCUGUUGGACGCCCCCGCCGACGACGCCGCGUUCGCCGGAGACGAUCUCGAUCACCUCUUCAACCCGCGAGCUUCCAGCCCUGAGGCGCAGAGGAUUUUUUCUCGGUUCAUGGGCUGCGCGGAUACUGUUCGAGGAAAUUCCUCAGCCGCGAAUGCUCGGCUGACCUCGCAGUUUACGCCGCCGGAGAAGGCGGCGGAGCCCCAUCAGCCGCCGGAGAGUUCGUACGGGUUAUUGGGUUCGUAUGGUGGUGGUCAGCUGAAGAUGGAGUCUGCUGGUGGAAAUAACUCUGGCCUCGUUCGUCAUAGCAGUUCACCGGCGGGCCUCUUUGCCGAUAUAGAUAUCGAAAAUGAGUUUGGUACGAUGAAAGCCAUGGGGAGCUUCAGAGGUGAUAAUAAUAGUGGCAAUAAUGCUAGUGUAGAGGCAUCAUCUUCAUCGGCAAGCAGGUUCAAACAUCAAAUGGACUUCUCUACAAGAUACUCUUCAUCAAGGAUGAUGGACACAAUUCCCGAGAAUGAUCUCAAGGGCAUGGGAGAAAACAGUGUAGAAAAUCGGCACUUCAAUCAACACCGAGGCAAUACUGUUGACUACAUCACGGGCCUCCCUAUGGGUGCCUGGGAUGAUUCCGACAGUUUUCUCAACCAGAGUAAAAGAUUUUCAAGUGGAAAUGCCUCGGAUGAACAGAAUAAUGAAGGUAGAAAUCGGCAUCAAACCCGUCUGUCUCAUCACCUGAGUCUUCCGGCAAGUUCGGGUGAGCUAUCGGUUAUGGAGAAUAUGUUGCAAGACACAGUCCCAUGUAAAAUGAGGGCAAAAAGGGGUUUCGCUACUCACCCGCGCAGCAUUGCAGAAAGGGUGAGAAGAACCAAAAUCAGCGAGCGAAUCCGGAAGCUCCAAGAACUCGUGCCCAAUAUGGAAAAGCAAACAAAUACUUCUGAUAUGUUGGACUUGGCUGUGGAUUACAUUAAGGAUCUUCAGAGGCAAGUAAAGACGCUUUCUGAUAAUCGUGCGAGGUGCUCCUGCUCCGGUAAGCAGAUUCUAUAGGACAAUAGCAUCUCAUAAUAUGAAUGGAUGAGAAUCCUCUCUAGCACCAAACCGCAAAAAAGGGAGUUCGCUUUAGCAUUUUGGUGGCCCAAAAGGCUAUGUGUGAUGUAUGUAUAUUGAUUUAGAUACAAAGUGAAAUUUUUUUAGUGGCUUAUUUUUUGUUGGGUUUUGAGUAAUUCAAUCUAGCUUUUACUUUGUUUUUUUAAUGAGGUGAAGUGUAGAAUUAUGUGAAUAAGUGUAAAUUUGAUGAGCUUUUACGGUUUUACCAUACGCAACUGUAAUGAAUGGCAACAAGUGGGAAAGUGAUGGGAAGUGUAGGUCUUUAGAAAUAAUGGAAUUAGUGUUGUAUAGCACCAUUGCAAUCCAUUCUCUA